AUGACUGAGGUCGAGCGUACCGACUUUUCCGCGCUGAUCCACUCAAUUAGAGCAUCGAAAAAGAGGAAGCUUCGCGAGGUCUACUGCGUCGCGACACAGCGGGACGCCCUGCCGCUCGUCGACCCAUCCGCCAACGAUGCAGAACCCCCCACGCAGGAGGAAUGGCUGUUUCUGAAUGACAAUGCCGUCUUAAAAGGGCCAUUCCUUAACGAGCGCAACCUGCCCCAGCGACAGAUACCACCACUCCGCCUACCCAAGUCUCAAGCACCUAGCCCAAGACCUGCGGGUCAAGACGCAUCCCUGGACACUUCGAAGCAUGGCAAGGAAAACGGUAUUGGGACCGGGCUGUCGACUGCUGGAUCUCCCGCCGCGCAGACCCGUGUAGACUCCGACGAGGCACGCGAUGCGUCCACAACACAGCCUACAGCUGCGUCAGAGGGGACCAGGCCACCCAUCACCGAGGUUUCACGGAUUGACCACGAGAAUUCCGCGCCAGCUCUGCCUACUGUCCAAACUGCACCACUUGAUUUACCGAAUGGAGCAUUGCACGAUGGCAGCACCGCCGCUACGAAUGUGGACUUGGCUGGGAGGUCCACGGCAAACCGCUCAGGGACAGCUAGCAGAGAGGUCGCCUUCGUCGAGCCGGACAAGCAGCGGGCGGAGUCCAGCGCUGCGCAAAAAGGGCAGGAUGCGGACGGCGCAAGCCGUGAACCGGUAUCUGAUGCGAUGGAUUUAGAUGAGACGUCCAGUCGCUCUGACGAACAGUCGAGACUGCAUGCGCUCAGGAGACCACCACCUCUAGACGCUCCAAGGCCACUGGACGUAUUGUCUUCCCCUGGCUCUACCACCCAGACAGCCACGACCCCAGCUGUGCAGGAUGCAUCACCCGACACUAGUCCUGAUAAUGAGGGCCCGCCAUACCCGGGCGACGAUGACGAUUCUGUGCGCAGGAAGACCGAUGAGGAUAAUCGUGAUUUCAAGGAGCCUGGCCAGGCCUCGGACCGCGAUCCAGAAGGGCGAGGUGCUGAUGCGGUCGCUGUAGAGACAGCUUCUGCGCAUCCACCGCCCGAAACGGUAGAGGCGACGACAUCAGCCGAUGAUAUCCAAAGCAAUUCGCCAAUUGCGCCAUCACAGAAAGCCAAUAAUGCCACCAUACCUGCAGGUUCUGCGCCACCGUCUAGUAAUCCUACCAAUUCUAGUACUGCGGUCGCAAUCCCUGGUGAGGCACCGACAGCUCAGUCUCAGCCGGGUAGUCAAGCCACUCCUUCGUUGACUCAAGAUGACGGUCAACAAAAGACUCGACGACCUUCUCCACUUCAACUUGUGGAUAGUGUCACGAAUCAAGAGGCCUCUGGCGCGGCGGCUGCAGUCAACCGAGAGCCGGCUGUAUCAUUUACUGCAUCCAUGUCAACUCCCCUGAGCAAUGGGACCGGAUUUGAUCUGAAGACACAGGUUUCCCAAGCCUCGCUUGCCGAUCCUGUUCCGGAUACGCCCAUCGAAGACGUGGCUUCGCGUCAGCAGGACCAGCCAGCGACGAUUUCUGUCCUCCGGUCAAGAUCGUUGGCCGAAAAGCACGGCCAUAAGCACAGGAGGGCGCCUACAGUAGUUUUUGAGAAGCCGAACAAGAAGACAGGCGAGACAAUAGUUGCCAGUCGAUCUCAGUCUCGGCCUGACCGCAUCCCGACUGAUGACUAUUUUGUGCCGCUGUUCUUUGAUGGCUUCACACGACAGUCCCAAUGGAUGAGGAGCCCCGAACAAUUACUGGUCACUUCGCACAAGACGAUUUCGACGCCAGACUGUGGCAUUGCUCUUCACGAGAAUCAAGCAUGCAAGGUCUUGCGCAGGAUAUAUCACCUGCAGCAGCACGACAAAUGGUCCUUGAGACAACCAAAGAGGUGCCCAGAGCCAACACGACCUCCGUCGCAUUGGGAUCUCAUGCUCCAGGAGAUGAAGUGGAUGAGGACUGACUUUCGAGAGGAGCGGAAGUGGAAGCGAGCAGUUGCACGAAAUCUGGCUGAGGCUUGUGCCGAAUGGGUGAACUCUAGUGAAGAGGACAGAAAGAUCUUGCAAGUAAACGUCAGAACUCCACCACUUGAGGUUGAAACCUCGUCUAGCAAGAAUGGGACAACUCCGCCGGAAGAAGAGUCCUUGCCAACGCCGAUGCCCGACCUUGUCCCUUCAGGAGACGUUGACUCUCCAAUGGACGUCGACGACGAGCCGCGGGACUGGAACUCACAAACAGUUGCCCCCACUGCAAUUUUCGCACUGCAGGAUGAUGAAGUUGUUUUUGGCCUCCAACAGUCAUCGACCUCUGAGCAGCUCUUGGAGGAGCUGCCUCUCUACGGUGCACCGCUGAAGUGCCCUCAGUUUGAUCUUACUGGAUCUGAGUAUGAUCCGGAUGGUCACUGGCGCAGGCCAGCCUUACCACUCAGCAAAUAUGUCGAAGGUGGAAUGAUCCUUAAGUCAGCGGGACCUCGAAUGACACGAAGUCGAUACAGGUAUGCAGUGGAGGAUGAAGACGAGGACGAUGAAGUUGUCUUUGGCGACGACAAAGGCCGAAAUACAGACUUGCCCCCGGAGAAUACGGACGUGGCUUUGUUCCGCUCGGAAAUGAAGCUGGUACGGGACCGGCUUCAUGCAGGACACCAAUUCAGGCCGCCUACUGAGUCGCUCAUGCCCCUGCAGAGUUUCUUCGAGUCUAGAAUUGCUUCUCAGUGGACUGCGGCAGAAGACGAGGAGCUUAGAAAGCAAGUGCGCGAGUACUCGUACAACUGGUCACUCAUCUCCAAGAACAUUUCGUCAAAAUCUCUUUUCAUUUCGGGUGAAGAGAGGCGGACGCCUUGGGAGUGUUUCGAGCGCUGGGUCCAACUUGAGGGUUAUCCUAAUGAUGUGGCUAGGACGCAGUAUUUCCAAACUUAUCAGAGGAGGAUCGAUCAAGCGCAAAGAGCCAUCGCACUGGCCAAUCACAACGCAUCACAGCAAGCUGUUCCAAAUGGCACAGUCGUGCCACGGCGACGACCAACUUUGCCUGUGCGAGUCGAGAGGCGGACUCCGAGGAGGCACCUGGCUUUGAUUGAUGCCAUGAAGAAGCUGGCUAAGAAACGCGAGGCAGCUGCUGCUAAGCAGCAGCAGAGCACAAACAACCAGAGCAGAAGGACGUCAACGGAGGCCCCGCAGCAAAAGCUGAACAUCAAGACGCCGGAAGACUAUGCUAGAGCCAGGCAUGAACGCGACAAGCAAAUGACCGAAAAGAUUGCGAGGACACUUGCUGCACAACAACAAGAGGCUCAGAGAAGGGCUGCUAUGCAAGGCAGAUCUCAGGCUCAAAUGACUCAAGUGGCAGGUGCCUCCGGAGCCUCACAAGCCGCCCGGACAGCUGCCGCUGUCGCAGCGAAUCCUCUGUUGGCUCGCACGCUCGGGGUCGCACAACAACGACCGGGGAUGCCAAUGCCACAACAGACUGCGAUUGCCGCACAAAUGGCGGCAACAGGUGGUCUUGUACCUCAGGUGCCUGUCAAUGGCAUGAACCAGCCCACACAGGCUCAAAUAGCCGCAUUUCAGGCACAACAACAGAUCCAGAGGGCGGCGAUGGAGGCCAGAAGAAUUCAGGACCAGCAGCGACGGCAACAGAUGGCUAAUCAGGCUCAGACUCAGGGUCAGAUGCAGGCGCAGGCCCAAGGCCACACUCCUCAGCCUCAGCAGCAACAACAGCCGCAGCAGCCACAGCAGCCGCAACAACAAGGUCAGCAGCAGCCGCACCAGAUGCCACCGCAGCACUCUCCGCCACCAGCUCAGGCUCAGCCGGCUCAACAGCCUCAGCAAGGCCAGCAACCCCACCCCAUGCCAAACGGCUCGGUAGCGCAGCAGGGCUCUCCCAUCAUUCGCAAUUCGAUGAAUGGCAUCAACCAGAACAACUACAUGAUCAACUCAAUGGCUCCGUACACUCCUAAUGGCAUGGGCAUGGCCACCUCACCUGGGGCAGUCGGGAUGGGCAUGCAGAACGUGGCAGCUGGGUCGCCACCUGCACCUAAUUUCAACCGGCAGCAGCAGCAGUUACCUCCACAAAUACAAGCGCAGAUCAUGGAAAUUGAAAACACACUCAGAGCCAAAUACCCAAACAUAACCCAGCAACAGGCUCACGGGCAGGCACUCCACAUCAUGCAGCAGCGCUUGAUGCAGAAUCAAGUGGCCAGAAACAACGUCACCCAGAGUGCGAUGGACGCCGCGGCUGGUAGCCCCCAUCAGCAGCAGGGCAUGGUCAACGGAAUGCCAGCCGCCGCGAGCCCUCACCAGUAUGCACAAAUGCUUAGACAGCACCAACAGCAGCAGGCGGCCCAGGCAGCCCAGGCGAAUCAAGCCGGCCAGCAACAGCACCAGCGCCAGCCCAGCGGAAGUGCAACUCCAAUGGCAGGUAGAUAG